UAUCGAGCGAGAGAAAAAAAAAUCCUUACAGUCGCCAUGAUACAGCAGCGGAAACGGGGAAGAAGUAGCUAGAAAACAAAAGAGAACACGCAGUCGUCCUCGCGAUUUGGUAUGCUCUUGCAGUGUUAUAGGAAUGCCCAAGGAAAAAUAUGACCCGCCGGAUCCCAGGCGGAUGUACACAAUUAUGUCCAGCGAGGAGGCAGCAAAUGGGAAGAAGUCAUACUGGGCUGAGCUGGAAAUUAGUGGCCGAGUAAGGAGUCUCAGCACAGCCCUGUGGUCUCUCACCCACCUCACUGCCCUGCACCUCAGUGACAACUCUCUGUCACGCAUCCCGCCAGACAUUGCCAAACUACACAACCUGGUGUACCUGGAUCUCUCAUCCAACAAGAUCAGGAGCCUGCCGGCAGAGCUCGGCAACAUGGUGUCUCUCAGGGAAUUGCUUUUAAAUAACAACCAGUUGCGAGUUCUCCCGUUUGAAUUGGGAAAACUUUUUCAGUUACAGACACUGGGGUUAAAAGGAAACCCACUUGCACAAGAAAUUAUGAGCCUCUAUCAGGAACCUGAUGGCACACGGAGACUGCUCAGCUACUUGUUAGACAAUCUGGCAGGGGCUAUUAAGCGCAUACCAACAGAGCAGCCACCAGCCAGGUCAUGGAUCUCACUCCAGGAACCAGACCGAACACRUCCAGCAACACUGUUCUCAGUUAUGUGUUACAAUGUGCUGUGCGAUAAGUAUGCCACACGACAGCUAUACGGCUACUGCCCCACCUGGGCUCUGAACUGGGAGUACAGGAAGAAAUCUAUCAUGCAGGAAAUCCUCGGCUGCAACGCAGACAUCAUCAGUUUGCAGGAAGUGGAAACGGAGCAGUACUUCAAUUUCUUCUUACCAGAGUUGAAAGAGCAGGGAUACGACGGGUUCUUCAGUCCAAAGUCACGAGCUAGAACGAUGUCCGAGUCGGAUCGUAAACAUGUGGACGGAUGUGCAAUCUUCUUCAAAACAGAAAAAUUCAGCGCUGUGCAGAAGCACACAGUGGAGUUCAACCAGCUGGCCAUGGCUAACUCCGAAGGCUCAGAGGCGAUGCUGAACAGGGUGAUGACCAAGGACAACAUCGGAGUAGCUGUGCUGCUUGAAGUCCGCAAAGAGAUGAUGGAAAUGUCUUCUGGUAAGUCACUCCACGGCCUGGACAAGCAGCUCCUGCUGGUGGCAAACGCCCACAUGCACUGGGAUCCCGAGUACUCGGAUGUCAAGCUGGUCCAGACCAUGAUGUUCCUGUCAGAGGUGAAGAAUAUCGUGGACAAGGCAACACGCAGCUUCAAGCUGUCCACCUCUGGUGAGACCAAUGCCAUUCCACUGGUGCUGUGUGCUGACCUCAACUCCUUACCCGACUCUGGUGUAGUCGAGUACCUGAGUACAGGCGGAGUGGACUGCACCCACAAGGACUUCAAGGAGCUUCGCUACAGCGACAGCCUGACCAAAUUCAACUGCAACGGCAAGAACAGCACUUCUAAUGGCAGGAUCACCCACGGCUUCAAGCUCAAGAGCGCUUAUGAGAACGGCCUAAUGCCUUACACCAAUUACACCUUCGACUUUAAGGGUGUCAUCGACUAUAUUUUCUACUCCAAGCCUCAUCUGAACGUGUUGGGCAUCUUGGGCCCCCUGGACCCUCACUGGCUCUUAGAGAACAAUGUCAGCGGCUGCCCACACCCCCACAUCCCCUCUGACCACUUCUCCCUCUAUGCUCAGCUGGAGUUGCUCCUGCCCAGUGUGCCCUCCCAGGUCAACGGGCUGCACCUGCCCGCACGCAGGUAGUGAGACCCUGCCAUGCCACCAGGGGGAGCUGCGACCACAGCUUCCCCCUCUACCAGCUCUUACCUCCACCGCCUCUGGAGGAGGAAGACCGAAAAACAACACAACCUGUAAAAUAUUCGUACAGUGAGGUCUGGCUGACAGGGAUUUCGUAUAAAAUGUUAUAGAUAUUCUAUAUUUUUCUUUUUUUCUUUGUUUUUGUUUUUUUUUUUCCCCCCCUUCUUUUUACGCCCUUUUUUAACUGCUUGGUUCAGUCCUGUUUAUGUAUCACGUGUUUUGGACUCCCUCUUCUCAUCCGGUUCACAAACCCCCCCUCAACCCCUUCAUACAUUUUUUUUUUCUGUCUUUCAAGCUAGAGGGGAUGGUAGCUCAUUCAGAUUCAUCACAUGAGGCUCUGUGUGGUUUUAAUGGGGAAGCUUAAAAAAGCGGCUGCGUGGGUGACAUUGAGCUGAGAAGCUGCAGAGCUGUCUGUCUGUCCCUGUAUAAAUCCAAAACCAGCAAAGACAGCAGACUUGUCAGUCUCAGUCCCUCCAUGUUCGGCUCGUGCUCGCUAUCCAUCUGUACUCUGGGCAGCCGGCGUAGAUUCUCGGCCUCUCCAAGAUGCGCACAUUUGGGCUUCGGGUUGAAGCAACUUUUCAUCUCUAGCUAAGCAUCCCAGCAAGCGGAUGCGGCGCAGCUGAUCCGAGGGGAUCUUUCCUGCUGUCAUUCUGUGGUGCUCAGGCCUUUUUUGUGUGGUCACGGCCUCCUGCGGUGCUACAAGAUAGUCCACACCUCUGACCCCCUGGUCCUGGUGCAUAAGAAGCAGAAUUACGUGACAUCGGCAGUUCGGAGAAAAAGUGAGAAACUGAGAUCAGCUACCAUCCUGUUUGCAGACAGUUUCACCCUGGCUUGUACAGUUGUUAUGCUAGUCAUGUGCUUAGGAGCUCAUGUGGCCCAAGAAUCACCUUUUUUAGAGUAAGGAGCGAGGGAGCUAGGCCGACCGGCGAAGCGGUGGGAGGUAGGGGGGCUGUCACAGACCUUUUCAUUGACGUCAUUUGCGUUUUGCCAGAGAGUGGAAAAAUGGCUGACGAGUAAAACCAGCAUUCCUCCCUCUACCAGGAGAUGACCUCCAACUUCACUCAUGCAACAUCACACACACACACAUACGCAGGUAAUUUUCAGGCAGAUGUGUAGCACUGUCUCCAAGGCCAGUAGUGACUCCUCCCUCCUACCCCCCUCACCCCCAGCCAUACCUUCACACAUAGAAGCAGUGAUUUUUCACGAGUGUUUGUACAGAAUAGAAACCUAGACUCAGUCUUUACAUGAUUGUAUAUGAACCACAAAAAGACCUGUUUUCUGGCAUUUUUUUGUACGAAGAGUAAAUUAUGGUCAGAUUAAGAAGAAGAAGAAAAAAAAAAAAGAUUGUAUUGUAAACUAUGGCUAAAUUUUUAUCCAGUUAAUGUUGAGAUGAAUUAAUAUUACCAGCUUGUACAAAAGACGUAAGAGGAGGCUGCUCGCCGCGUUCGCCGUCACUUCUUUGCACUCCCGAGAGAUUAACUGUAACGCAUCAGUAUUGUUUUGGCUGAUUUGCUUUGAUGUAAAUAGACAGUCGAUUUGAUUUUUUACCUGUUGCUUUCUGCCCAUUAACAAAGCCAACGAUCCAGGCUGCUGCCGGCGGUUUGGACGAAACGACACGCAGCACCGAUUCGCAUCUGUUCAUCUGGCUCCAAAGCGAAGUGUAAACGACACAACACGGAGAAGUCCCGCGCGUACGCCCCGUACUCACUGUAGCAGUUGAUGUUGUCUUGCACUAUUUACAUGCGGCGAACGCCCGAGCAGCCUCCUCUCCUUUUAUUUUUAAAUACUGUUGAGACAUUUGUGAAGAUUUUAUGUCCUUUUUUUUUUUUUCUUUUCUUUUUGUUAAUGUUUAUUUCAUUUUUUUAAUGAGAUGUGACAAUGUAAUGAUGAUGUGUAUAUCCUUCCUAUUCAUUGAGCUCUCUAGUAAUCAGGUAUGCUUUCUCCACCCACCCACACCCACCCCCUCUCCUCCACUGUGCGGAACAUGAGCGGGGUCGUCUUUAUAAAUUCACUUGGAUUUUUUAUUUUUAUUUUUUUGCCCCCAGAUUACCUAAUCCCUCCUAUCCUUCCUGGCCACAAAUAGCCCUGAGCUUUUAUCCAUCACCCCCACCAUAAAACCAUCCAACCUCAGACUUUUUCUGCUACUCUUCUAAAAAAUUUUAUUAUUUUUUUUAACCUCCCUUAGCCCMCUUUUUUUUUUCUUUUCUUUUUUUUUUUUGUAUAGAUUUUCUACAAUUGUCAUUGCAGCUAUAGUGCCAUUUGUGGACCACCCCGGCCUCUUGCCUUUGCAUUGGAAAGGGUGGAAGAGCCCAUUUAUUCCUUUUAUUCCUGCUGUUUCUGUCAAAAUGGCCAGCCUGUCAAACGGCCAGCCUGUCAAGUUUCUGUUAAUCAAAUUUGUUCCAUCUCAAAAACAAGUUGAAAUCGGUUAAAUGUGAGAUUAUUAUUAUUUGAAAUGCACUUAAAUGAUUUGAAUGCAGCUCUUACUAUACUCCAACAAGAACUUUUUUAUGUCGAAUAAGCAAGAAAAUGGGAAGUGUCAACUUGGUCCCUCUCUUGUUAUUUCCCCUUUUUCCUUUGGUGAAAAUCAAUGUGUCCCAAUUGUUUUCUUUCCUGAAUGGCAUUAGUAUUGUAGUAGAUUUAAAGGGUAGCUUCUUUUUUUUUUUUGUCUUUUUUUUUGUAAAAGUGUGAAUAAAAGAUGUACUUCUUAUUUCCUUUCUAAAAAGACAGAAUUUUUGGUGUUUGUGUAAAUCAUGAUUUCUACAAUGACAAUGAUGAUCUGCUGCAUUGUUUUUACCCUUCUUUGACUUUUCUUAAUCCCUUCCACCACAAACCAAAUCCUCUGUCAAAAUCACGACACGUUGUCUCGAUGGGUUGAUUGGAGAGGUCGAAGGUUUCCGAAGAUGCGUCGCAGAAGGAAGUAACUAUCAGUUAAAACCUGACCCACGGAUGUUUUUUUUCUUCUUUUUUUUUUUCUUUUUUUUAGCUUUUCAGCUUUACUUUGGCUGUCUCUUUGCACUAGCUGGAGAGUGCUGGUGUCCGUAGGUUAGGGCAGCAGGGCUGUCUCACUAGUGACUGCAGUUCAGUACUAGCAAAUACUUUUUGACGGGUGUUAAAAAAAAAUUACAAAAGAGUAAAAAAACGUGUUUGUACGGCAAAUGCUAAUGAUGUGCCGCUAGACCGGUCCUGUGAUUUUUUUCCUUUUUUUCCCGUACAUCUAGUCCCAUCUCAUUCUGAUCUUGUGCUUUACAGUGGUUCAGUCUGUUAAACUAGCUAGUGAUGGUAUCGAUUCACAAAUCUGUUUCUUUGUUACUUCUCUUAUUUCCUCUAAAGAUCUGUCAAAUUAGAGCUGGAUUUGUCACCAAGUGGGUCAUCACGUUGCAAGCUUUUUAUUUGUUCAGGCUUAUUUAGCUUAGUGGUUUUUUUUAUUUUGUCUGCUGGCUGCAUCUUUUUGUAACGGUGCAAACCAAAGCUGCUUGUAGUACAGUUGUGUUGUAGAGGAAACUCUUAAACCAAUCAACCCUUUUCAUUUCUCUCAUUUAAAAAAAAAAAUAUAUAUACAUAUAUAAAAUAAAAAACAAACCUCCAUCUUCAUGCAAAGUAGGGCUGUAAGAAAAGCAAAGUCGUUUUCUCUCUCAUCCCAUUUAAUUUGUCCUUCCAUCAGCUAAACUUGGCAAUAAUAAUCGGAAACUUUCACAUUCAGCCAUUUUGUUUUAAUCUUUAAAAUGUAGCCGUUUAAUCCUUAAAAACUGUUUUGCGCAUCUUAAAUUUGCCUACCUGAACCCUUUUUGCCCCCUCCUCCCCAACACUUCCUCUCUCUUUUAUCACCCAUUUUGUAUAUUUGCUCAUCUCCUUGCCAAUUUUAGUGGUAGUUGUUCAAUGAUCAGGAUUGUCUAUCUGUAGUCAGCUGAGUACAUAUAUUGAUCUGUGUCACUGUGUUUAUGCACUGGACCAACUAUUGUUUACCAUUCAUAAAAUACCAGCAAAAAAAAGGAAGAAAAAAAAAAGAUGAACACUUGCACAAUGUUGUAGAAUGUCCAUUAACCCAGAUGAGAAAUCAAGGCAGCUGUUUUCAAAUCAACACAUACUGUUUAAACCUGCAACUGAAUGGUAAACAAUGCUUUCUGUUGUAUCCUUUAGCCGUCCUUUUUAUUCUCUUUGGACUAGUUUUAUUCUUUUAUUAUACUUUUUUUUUUUUUCCUUUUGACUACAGGUUCUGCUUGUUUCCUUUACACCUAUCUAUGUAUUUUCCUACUUCUGGUUGAAAAAUAAAUUCUGUAUUAUCUGUUUCAAGCUGUGUCACCUCCUAUUCUUUGCAAUGGAUAUUGAGAAUAAAUUCUAUAUCUGUU